UAAUUGUGACAGGGUCACAACAGUCAUCUACAUGCAAAUGCCAGCAAGCUUUUUUGGGAUGUAACCUUUCCUGAUUUGGUGUGAGGGGAUGGCUACAUAAGACUUAAGCUGGGGGCACCAGAUAUUGGAGCUGCCCUGUUAAAAAAAAAAUAAAAAAAUUGAAGGAGACUUCAGUGUUGGGAAGGUGAAACAGUCCAGAGGGAAGUGCAGUUAAAAAGGUGUUGUCUGUCUGAAACAUUAAGAAACAAUUUUCUUUGCCGUGUCUUUGGAUGCUAACUGCAGAAGACUGCUGAAAUCAGAACAGCUUCACUUAUUUUGUGGUGCAAGGUGGACUGCAGGUCUGAACCAUGGGAGGAGCAGUAGUUGAUGAUGGACCGACUGGCAUAAAGGCCCCAGAUGGAGGCUGGGGCUGGGCAGUUCUCUUUGGCUGUUUUGUCAUCACAGGGUUCUCUUACGCAUUUCCAAAAGCAGUGAGUGUUUUCUUUAAGGAGUUGAUUCGGGAGUUUGGAAUUGGGUACAGUGACACAGCCUGGAUAUCUUCUAUCCUGCUUGCUAUGCUUUAUGGGACAGGCCCUCUGUGCAGCGUCUUAGUUAAUCGUUAUGGCUGCCGCCCUGUCAUGAUGGUUGGAGGUCUUUUUGCUUCUCUGGGCAUGAUUGCUGCCUCUUUCUGUACCAGUAUCUUUCAGAUUUACUUCACUACUGGAGUCAUUACUGGUUUGGGUCUGGCUCUGAACUUCCAGCCAUCGCUUGUCAUGCUGAACCGGUACUUUGACAAGCGUCGUCCCUUGGCAAAUGGUCUAGCUGCAGCUGGCAGCCCAGUGUUUCUCUGUGCUCUUUCUCCUGUGGGUCAGCUCCUACAACAUGAAUUUGGUUGGCGUGGUGGGUUUCUUAUUCUAGGGGGAGUGUUGCUCAACUGUUGUGCCUGUGGGGCACUAAUGAGGCCUCUGCUGCCACCUAAAAAAGCAGAUGAUACCAAAGAAGAGCAGGUAGAGAUUGUGAAGAAGCCUAAGAAAAAACUCCUCGACUUCUCUGUCUUCAAGGAUAAAGGUUUUGUUAUCUACACCGUUGCCGCAUCCAUCAUGGUUCUUGGUCUUUUUGUUCCACCAGUGUUUGUAGUCAGUUAUGCCAAGGAUCUUCACAUCCAGGAUACUACAGCAGCAUUCCUCCUCACCAUCUUAGGAUUUGUUGAUAUUUUUGCCAGACCUGCAUGUGGUGUCAUUGCUGGUCUAAAAUGGGUCAGACCUCGCUGUGUCUACUUGUUCGGUUUUGCCAUGCUUUUUAAUGGUGUUACCGACCUCGUGAGUUCCAUGUCUAAAACAUAUGGUGGGCUUGUGGUCUUCUGCAUUUUCUUUGGCAUUUCUUAUGGAAUGGUUGGUGCUCUUCAGUUUGAAGUGCUCAUGGCCAUCGUUGGGACACAGAAAUUCUCCAGUGCAAUUGGACUGGUACUGCUGGCAGAAGCUGUAGCUGUUUUAGUUGGUCCACCAUCAGCAGGUAAUUUCUGUAUCAGUUGUGUUUUUGUGCAAGUGUUUUAAAAACCUGUAAGUAUG